GAAAUGGACGACGACGCAUUGAAAAAAUCUUAAGUGGACGAAGUGAAAAGCUUGUUAGAUUAUUAAAAUCCAUGUUGUUUCACCGCUUUAGAUUAAUAGAUUCAAAAAUAAAUGUGAUAUAAUAAUAAUGUAACGGUAAAGACAUUUUUGUGUUGCAUUAGGAAUUGCUUUAUUUCAUUUAUUUGUCAACAUAAUAGGUUAGCCUGUUUUAAGUUUAACUAUAAACAGUGUAGGGUACUAUUUACAAAUAUAAUUUCUUAUAAGUUACAAAAUGGAAGUAAUAGAAGAGCCUCCUGUGGUGAAUACUUUAAUUAAUGAUGUGAUAACCAAUACUGAAACAGAAAACACUUCCACUGAGUGUGUAGAAAAGGAUGUGUGUCAUAAAUCUAAUGGAGUCGUGGAGAGUGAUGUAGCUGAACCGGCCGACGAAGGUAACACUACGGAAACAGUUAUAACGCCGCUGAGUAACGAGAAGGAAGAAAAUUCUGUAGAAUCUGAACCAAUAAGUGAGACUGCGACGACAACAGAUGAACCCACGCUCCCGGAGAAUAAUACAGAACCCGUAAGUGAGUCUGCAAUUAGUCAACAGGAACCAUCGAAGGACAGCAUAGAGUCGAAUACGGAAGUUGACAGUUUAGUGAAAACUGUUUAUCAAGAAAUUGAGAUUGCAGCUGCACCAACAGAUGAAGUCCCUAAUGAAGAACCAUCAGGUGAGGGGGCCACUGAAGAAACAGUAGUGAUACAAGAAAUAAGUGAAGAAGAAACACCAGUUGAUAUUAAUCAUGAAGAAUUGUCUUAUAAGGAUGGUGUUAGAUUUAAGACUGAAAUAUUGGUUGAAGUGGAAUGUAAUGAUGUCAAAGAAAAUAAUGUGAAUGAGGCAAAUUCUGAUGAACAAGCUGCAAAAAAUAUUUUGAGCGAGUUUGGGCAGGGUAUUGAAUUGAGUGAAGUAUUACGGUCAUCUGAUGUAGCAGACAAUGUGGAAAAUAAUAAUUGUACUGGACGUCAAGAAGUUUUCAACAAAGAGGAAUUAUUAGAUAUAUUACAAGGUAAAGACGCCGAAGCUCCAGAAAAUGAAAUAAUAGAAGAAAUUGAGAACACCACAGUAAAUGCAAAAUCGAGAGAAGCUCAGUUAGCUUUGCAACAACUCUCGAGAUUAAAAUAUGGUAAAAAGAGGACCCGCUUGGAACGAAUGCAAAAGCCAAAAAAGAGUGAAAAGAAGGAACAGAAAAAAACUGAUAACAUUAUUAAUGUAUUAGUGCAAGACUGGGAUGAUGAGGAAACUUCUGAAAUUGAUAAAUCUGUCAAGUUAGUUGAUAAGACAGAACCUGAUGAAAGUAAAAUACAACCGGCAGUGAUAAAUAAAGAAGAAUUAAUCAGAACAUCUGUAGACUCAGCUGCUAGUGAAGAUCAUAGCCAGAAAUCCAAUAAAAGUGGAGAUGAGGGUCAGCCUCAAAGAAGACUCGGAAGAAUAAUAAAAAAGAAAGUAAUUUUUGAUCCAGAUAACCCAGAUACUUUUACGAAAGGUAAAUCGGUGACUAAGAAUAGUGAAGCGGAAAAAGAAUUUUCACCUAACAAGAAAAUCAAGACUGAAGUACCAUCUAUUAGAUCUAAAUCAAAAUCACCUAUAUCUAAUAAGUUGCAGUGGAAAAAACCAUCACCUAAAAAUGUAAAGCAAAAUAAGAGGUUAUCAGAGGUUGAUAAACUUUUAAUGGAUGAGGGUGCAGUCAAUAUGAUAUAUCAACUGACACCUGAAGCACCAAAAGGUAAAAAGAAUGUAAAAACUAAAGCGGAAUUUAUAAAAAAGCUUCAAAGUUCGACACCUGAUAGUAAAGAAAUGAAGUUCCGAGAGCGAAAGAAAGAUUCAUCUAAAUAUGAUGAGGGAGAUCCAAAGAAAAUUUUAAGUGGGAAACACAGGACAUCACUGAGCAGUUCUGUGAAGUCUCCGGCCUGUGAUGACUUUGAGACACAUAGUGCGGACGACUCUAUCAUCUAUCGACGUCAUUCAUCAAGUUCAUAUUCUAGCACAUGUAUGAGUCCGCGGAGGCUAAGCGACGUAGAAUCUAGUGGACCGCAAAUUGUAAAAGCAAUUCAAGAAGAUAAGGCAAAUAAAGCUACAGAAGGUGAUGAUCAGACAAGUCAACCAACAGAAGGUUUCAUGUCUGAUUCAGUUGUUAUAAAUAAUAGUGAAAUUAUUAACAGAGAUGAUUGUUUAUCCAUUAAACAAAAGCUCAACUCCAAACUCUCCCUAGCUUUGAAUAAAAGAAAAAGGGAAAGUAGCAAAAUUGAUAAGCCUCCUAAACAAAAGAGAAUGAAAGAAUUGGUGCCACAUGAUGAUGAAAGAAAAUUUAAAUAUUUGACUUUAAAUAUUGGAUUCAGAUUAGCAGAAAUAGAUAUACAUUGUGACUACACUUAUAAUAUAGAGGUUAUUAAGGAAUUGGAGCAGGUAUUGCAUUAUGUUGAUGCAAGGAAUGACAUAUCGGUGACACUGCUUACAUCGCAGUGUGGCUCUCUGUGCUCCCUACUGGACAUGAGACCCUUGCUUCAUGAUGAUGAAAAAACAAGAGCCAAAAAUGCAUUUGAAAUAGCUGAAUCAAUAAGGUCUCUGCUGAGUGCAGUGGAGCAGCAUAGCAAGCUGGUGUGUGCGGGUGUGUGGGGCGCAUGCUGGGGCGUGGGCCUGGCCCUGCUGGCCUGCAGUGACCUGGCACUGGCUGCAGACACCGCCACCUUCUCGCUGGUGGAGUCCCCGCAGCAUGUCACCAUGCAGCCCGGCCUUGCCGCAAUCACCGCGCGCUGCAAUUCAUUGCCACAAUCAUUAAUAAACGAUCUGGUGGUGUUUGGACGUCGGCUAAGUGCGUCGGAGGCGCAGCAGGGCGGGCUGGUGAGCCGCUGCUUGUGGCCGGAUCGCUUCCCCGAACAGCUGCGCAACAUCGUCAAAGACAUCGCCUCACAACCUGCACCGAAUGUUCAGUUGAAGAAGCAAUUGCUGGGUAUCAGAAAGAACGGGGAGAACAUGUCGACAUUCCUGAGCUGCCUGGAGACAGAGCGCGACCUCCUCGUCGACUACUGGACCUCCGUCGAGGGUCAGGAGCUGCUGAGAGCUGACCACGCCAACGUCUAAUCUUAAUGAACUUAUGUGACUUUCGACACCUUAGCGAAUCUAAUAUCUAUUAUAUCUCUCAAUUAAUUUACUUUGUGAAAUGUCCGUUUAUAUAUUAAAACUUACAUUCAAACUAGAUUAAUACAGUUCAGAUCAUAGUUUAUAUAUUUUAAUUUUUUUUUAUCUGUAUCACUUCUCAGUAUCAAUUUGUCUUCAGCACACUGCGCACGCUUCAUUGCAUAUAUAAAUCUUUAAUAAUUACAUCAAACAGACAAUAAAUUACAAUAUAUUAU